AACAUCCACCUGGUGGCCAAGUGGCUGAAUUCUCUGGAGAAGAAGCUGGAGCAGCACAGUGAGGGCAGCCACCAGGAUUUCCGUGUCUUCAUUAGCGCGGAGCCAGCACCCUCCCCUGACAGCCACAUCAUUCCCCACGGCAUCCUGGAGAACUCCAUCAAAAUCACCAACGAGGCCCCGACUGGGAUGCAUGCAAACCUGCACAAAGCCCUCGACAACUUCAACCAGGAUACCCUGGAGAUGUGCACCAGGGAGAAUGAGUUCAAGAGCAUCCUGUUUGCCCUCUGCUAUUUCCAUGCCUUGGUGGCAGAAAGGCGCAAGUUUGGCCCCCAAGGCUGGAACCGUUCCUACCCCUUUAAUGCUGGAGACCUCACUAUCUCUGUGAAUGUGCUACAUAAUUACCUGGAGGCCAGCUCAAAGGUCCCAUAUGAUGAUUUACGCUACCUCUUUGGUGAGAUUAUGUACGGAGGUCACAUUACAGAUGACUGGGACAGGCGGCUUUGCAAAACCUAUUUGGAAGAAUUUAUUAAGCCAGAAAUGCUGGAGGGAGAACUCCUCCUUGCUCCAGGAUUCCCCCUCCCAGGGAACAUGGACUAUAAUGGCUAUCAUCAG